CGUUUUCGGACUUUGCGUGUGCCGGUCUUCUAAACGCCCGGGGCCCCGCGUCUUUCCUGGGGGAGAGCCACGCCGGCUUCCUGCGCUGGGGACCAUGUCGGAGAUUCAGAGUUACGGGGAGAAGAAAGAGAUGCUGCUGGAAGGCGGCGGCGGCGCGUACCUGGAAGAAGGACAGUGCGACUCGGGUAUCGAUUUUAUCCGUUCCCUGUCUGGCCAGCCUGGAGAAGCGGAGCCCCGGUCCCCGGCUACUGCCGGAAGGAUUCCGCUGGAUAAAAUCCCUGGAACUCCCAGUCCAGGCAAAGAAGAGCCGGCAGACGAGAGGCUUGAUUCGAGUUACGGCUCUUCCUCUAUUGUGGAGUCCUUAACUGGGCUGCAAGGGGAGCCAAACCUGGAGAAGGAGGAGGAAGAGGAGCAGGAGGAGAGGCUUAGGCAGCAGCUGCUGAAGACCCUUGAUUUCCUAUCCGAGGACGGAGACACGUUACUGCACCUGGCAAUCAUCCACUGUGUGCCAUCUAUUGCGUCCUUCUGCAUUGCCCAAAUGCCUGUGGAGGUUUUGGAAUUCCAGAAUGAUUUAUUCCAAACUCCGCUUCACUUGUCUGUGUAUUUGGAGCAGUUCGAAGUGGUGGAAGCACUAAUUCUGAAAGGGGUGAACACAGCACUGCAAGACCGCAAUGGAAAUACUGCUCUGCACUUGGCCUGUGAGCGGCAGAGUCUGGAAUGUGUUGAGCUGUUGCUGCUUCUGAAGAAACCAGUCUCUGAGAUGCAGACUAGAAAAACUGUACAAGAUCUGCAGCUCCAGAAUUGGCAAGGCUUAACGUGUCUUCACAUCAGCACUUUGAAAGGGAACCUUCAACUGAUGGAGUUAUUGGUGCAGAAUGGAGCUAACAUUAAUGUGCAGGAUGGCACGAGUGGAAAGACACCCCUACAUCUGGCAGUGGAAAAUCAUGAUGAGAUGGCUGUGAAGCACCUCCUGCGAUGGGGGGCCCAGGUGGAUUCUCAAAUGUACAAUGGCUGCACCCCACUGCACCUGGCUGUAGGCAGGAACGAUGCUGCCAUUGCUGCAAUCCUGUGCCAUUCGGGAGCAGAUACCUUACUGCGGAAUAUGGAAAAUGAGACAGCUCAAGAUCUGGCAGAUGGCAAUGAUGAUAUCCUUACACUUUUGCCUUUUGAUGACCUGAAGAUCUCUGGAAAGCCUGUGAUGUGCUCCAGCCGAACAUCCUAACGUCCAUAUGGGAAAGUUAACCUCAUGAGGAGUAUAACAUUGCUGCUUGAGUCUGAGUGUGACACAGCUGGCCACCAAAGAAUCAUUCUCUUUGUUGAAAUAUGAGCCUUGGGACAACCACAGUUGCUUUUUUUUUUUUUUGAGACUAUAGAGCCAGUGUGGGAAAGGAAAACUUUGAUUGUUGACUUUAAAUCCUGAAUAAGAAUGUGGAAAUGUUGCCUGUUUGAAGAGACACGGGUUUGGAUAGACUGGGCCCAUGCUUGCUCUCCCUGGUUUAUCUAAAUUUGGACAAAGUGUCCAAAGAAUUGUGUUCCAGACCAUAUUGUGAAUACAUAUUUCAGAUUUCACUUUUUCCUUUUCUUCUGUUGCCUAGUCUAUGAUGAAACAUGCCAGGAGCUCUCUUUGUGUCUACCAAAAUAAUUUCUUUUAAAGGUAUUUUUUCCUGAACAAAAUGCAUUUUUUCUACCCCUUAGCCUGAUCUGCUUUUUCCUCUAGCUAAUUCAGCCUCCACAGGAUCCUAGUUUCAGUGUCUAGACGCCAGAAUCCCCCACUUCUCCCUUUAGCUCUGAUUUUGCCUCCCAUGAAGGCAGGACAGAGUUGUGAAGACCAGAAUAUUGUGUUGUUCGAGCCAGCAGCUUCCGGGACUGACAAAACAUGAAAACUAAGCUCAUAGGGACAAGUAGAGUCUGAAUCACUUUUUUCCUUGGAAUAAUUGAUGUUCUCAGAAUGAGAUCAAAGGUCAAUUUUUGUUCUACUCAAUUUGCUAGUAUUACUGUAAAGGGAAGUGCCAACUUCUUCGAUUUUUACCUGCGUAGCUUUAUGCUGGGCACUUGACCUUGCAACUUUGGAACUGAAUCUAAAGUUGAACAUACUGAGUAAGGGAGGGUCUGCCACCCUUCCUUAGAGACUGAAAGUUUCGAUACAUCCCCUCCUUUCUUUGAAACAUAAACUGCAAAAGAGAUGAUAAUGACUGGCAUUUGGUCAUAUUUUUCCAGUUUUAAUUGAUGGGAGAAGGAUGAUCAUAAAUCAGAAUUGUUUCCCACAUUCUUAAACUUAGCAUUUAGUUGUGUUCAGUUUAUGACUGGAUAUACUAGCAUCAAUCCAUGGGUGCUUAAGAUUUCUUCUGCAUUUUAAGUGGGCAGCUAAGCUAUCACGAUCAUGAAAGGGCUGCAGAACCACUGGGAAUUGGAAAGGCACAGCCUAAAAGAUCUAAGCAUUUGUUGGGAGACAGCGCUGCCUUUGCUGAUUGUGGUCUCCAAUCUCAUAACAAUUAUUUUACAUAGAUCAUGCAUUUAGUAGGAAAAUCAUUGGGGCCAUCAAGAGUUUCUAAUAUAUAAACUUUAAUCUGGAGCAGGGAAAUUCCCAGUUCCCUCCCUCCUACUGUUUGCUGCUUGGGUGUGGCUAUCUGUAACUGUGGCAAAUCCUGGAUGGUGCAAUGAACUGGGAUGUCCUAGGGAGAGGCUUUGGGUUUUCCUUUCCCCCUGUUUUUCAGAGAAGAAACUAUUUCCAAAAAUAAACUGCAGUUUUGGAAAACAUUUUCUACCAGAGAGAUCCUUUUCUAACUUGAGAUCCUUUUGCUUCUUACUUUUUUCCCCAGUUUUUUUCACUUUUGCUUUUUAAUGACAAAAUAAAGUUCUUAAAGUGAAUAAAUAUCUUGCUUUUCUGUGUUGGACUAGAUGCAUUUAUGUUUUUUUCUUUUUUACUUUUGUUUUUCACUCACAAAAUAAGGUUCUUAAAUGAAUACAUAUCCUGCUUUUAUCCAUUGGUCUGGAAGAUGCAUUUUCUUCAUGUUGUAUAUUCUCCAUCUGGGAAAAAUCUUUCAGCUGGAAAUGCAAGGAAAAGUGCAAGUCAGAUUUAAACCAAAGUGCAUGAAAAUUCCCCCGCCAUAAAUUUCAGGGUCAGUUGGGCUGGUGAAGGAAAAGUAUGCAACAGAAAUAAAUUGUUUUUCCGAAUACGUUUCGGUGAGUUGCUUAGAUCUAAGAUAUGCUACCACCUUGUGGUUGAUUGUAAUGCUAGUUUCCUCUUGUGCUUGUCUCCCAAUCCCAAGUUGCAAGAUCAUACUAUAAAUGCACUUCAGCUUUUGUAUGAGUAGAACAGACAACAUUAGAAUGUUUGAGGAAAAUAAAAUCUGGGUCCCCCUGUAAAUGCUAAUGGUUUAGCUCUCUGGAUGAAGCAGUUCAGCAUGUACUUAUAUUGAGUAAAUUUAUAUUCACAGAAAUGAACGUCUGUGGAUUUUGAGAUCUGAAUAGUUGAGAGUAAAUGAGAGUUUAUACACUGCAUAAGUUAUUUGCCUGAUGCAAUGAAAUUGUGUUCAGGAAUGGCCAAAAUGUAAAUUGGAUCCCAUUGAUAAUGUCUAGGUAUUUUGUGAUAGAUUGACAGAGAACCAAUGCUGAUGUAGUAGUUAAGGCAUUAACUACUACUAGAACCUGGGAGACUGUAUAUUGUAGUCCAGCUUUGGGUACAAACCUUGAGCUGUUUGGAAAGAGGUAAUAGCAAACCACUUCUGGAAAACCUUGCCAAGAAAUCUGCAAGGAUUUGUCCAGGCAGGGACAAAUGUAUUCAGGAGAGUUUGUGUUCCUUAACUUUUAAAUUAAGUUAUAACAUGGCAUGGAACAGGGCUAUUUGCAGAACCCCCCUUUCCCUAGUUGUUUCUACCCUUCCUGUAGGAUCUGAAAGUCAAAGCAUGCUCUGAGUCCUCUCAAUUAAACAAGGCCAUCAAAUGGGGUGCGGAAAGCAGGCCAUUUUGACACAGCACUUGCCCUUUGAACUCCAUAUCCCCCACCCCAUCCCACCCAACCCUGUACCAAGAUUAGAUUGGCUCCAAUUCUUCCAGCCUUUCACAAAGCACUGAACACAGGAAUGUGCUCCAAGGGGCAGAGCAGAAAUGUUAGAUGGCCUGUGAAAUCAGGUAUCAUUGUGUUGUUAAGUGCUUAUAAGGUUCACACUUGAUCACCACUGUAGAGGUUUCAUGUGUUUUGUUGAUAUUGGGGCAAAUUUUUUUUUGUAUGGUUUAAUGUAUUAGUAUUACCCAGCAUCCCAUCUGUGAGAAGGGCAGUCGUAUACAUUGAUUUAAUAAAUACAUUAAUGAAUGUC